GUUGCGUGUGCUCCGACUGUAUUGGUCGCGUAUGUUUCUACUGGGCCAGAGAGGAGGGUAGUCAGUGUGUAGUCAGACCAGUUGGAAGGCAGCUUGAGCGAUAGUUGAAGUUUAGUUUCGUACUGUUCGCCUGAAGGCUCGUACAUCGUACAUCGUCUCUGGUCGUGUCGAAAGAGUGUGGAAGAUAUUUUGCACUGGGUUGUUGUUACUGUUUUUAUUUUCUACAUCGCUCAAGUUAUUCCUUGCUGCAAGAGGGCAAGUACUUUUACCGUCGUGCUUUCGGUUUUGCGUGUUAGCAGUAAAGUCUACCGGGGGAAGCCUGGUGCGCGAAAGUGUUGUUUUUUCGCUGGACCGUCGGUACUUUAGACAGAACAGAACAGAAAACGUUUGAUCGGUGUUUCUCGAGGUGACAUGGUGAACGAUUGUCGGUGAAACUAGCACAGAUCGGUUGGUUUGGCGAGCCUACCGGACAUCUGCGGUUUGAUUUUGAGUUUUGCAUUUCGCUUUGCCCGGUGCUGUUUGGAAAAGUUGUCAAAAUUGAGAGAAUAAAACGAAAACGUGAAUCCUCUAGUGAGUUAAGUGGCAGCAGCAGUAGUACUGUUGGUAGUAGCAGCAGCAGAAACAACAACAACAGCGGCGGCGGCAGCAGCAGUAACAGCAACACGGCAACAACGGUAGCGAUCGCGGCAGCGGCAGCGACAGCAGCAGCAGCAGCGGCGGAGGCCCACCGAAAGCAGCUGGCCCGGCACGAAAGGAUGCUGCUUGAUACACAGAACAAUAACACUAGUACCGGGGGCAGUGGCAGUAUGACCGCCAACAGCCGGAGUGUCGCCGCAUCGGCAGCGGCCCUACAGGCGGCGGCCGCGGCAGCCCUGACCGCGGCUAAGGGUGCUACGGAUUUUUCGAUCGCGGCUAUCAUGGCACUGCGGGAGGGUUCCGCAAGCCGGAGCCCUCUGGAAGCAGUCUUCGUAAGUGGACCCCCGAGCUCGGUUGAUCGGCUCUCCGAAGUGGACGAUGAAGUGGAUGUCGAUGUGGAAGAGUGCUCGGACUCGGAGGAAGCAUCCCGGUCCGGACAGGAGCGGAACAGUCAUUCGAGAGCAACGGCGACGCCGAACAGUGUAUCGGACGAGGAGAGACUAACCCCGGAACCAGCAUCGAAACGACCGACCAUCGUUGGAACGUGCAACUCCGACGAUCUGCGGCCCGUGCAGUGUCAUCUGGAAACCAAGGAGCUGUGGGAUAAGUUUAACGAGCUCGGCACCGAAAUGAUCAUCACCAAAACGGGACGCCGCAUGUUCCCGACGGUGCGUGUAUCCUUCUCCGGGCCCCUCCGCCAGAUGACCCCGGCCGAUCGGUACGUGGUGCUACUGGAUGUGGUACCGGUGGACAACCGGCGUUACCGUUACGCGUACCACCGUUCCGCCUGGUUGGUCGCCGGGAAGGCCGACCCGCCGCCACCGCCGCGGCUCUAUGCCCACCCGGACACGCCGAUCGGUGCGGAUGCCCUACGCAAACAGGUUAUCUCCUUCGAGAAAGUCAAACUCACCAACAACGAAAUGGACAAGAAUGGCCAGAUCGUCCUCAACUCGAUGCACCGCUACCAGCCGCGAAUCCACCUGGUUCGGUUGGGUCCGGGCCAGAACAUCCCAACGACGCCAAAGGAGCUCCAGGAAGUGGACCACAAGACGUACGUCUUUCCGGAAACCAUCUUCACCGCCGUCACGGCGUACCAGAAUCAGCUCAUCACCAAGCUCAAAAUCGAUUCCAAUCCAUUUGCCAAGGGCUUCCGAGAUUCAUCCCGGCUGACGGAUUUCGAUAGUUUCCCUGGCAUGGAUCCCAUGGACGCGCUGCUACUGGAACAGCACCUUCGCUCACCGCUUCGACUGUUUCCGGAUCCACUGAUGGCACAGUUUGGCGGUGCCGGCCAGGAUCCGGACGGUACCCAGGCAGCUCUGCUGGAGAAAGCUCGUCAACACCUGCAGAUGUGGGGUCGGGCCACGCCCUACGGUGAUCUGUUGAUACCCCAAAUGUACCAACGGCCCAAUUUGGGUGCACUGAAUCUGGGACAUUUGUGGCAGAGCCAGUGGCCGUCACAGUUCCCACCGGGUUUUCUUCCGAAUGCCGCAGCGGCGGCAGCCGCGGCUGCAGCAGCAGCAGCUCCUCCUCCACCGCUUCCUCGGACUACUCCUUCGCCAGCCACUCAAACCAUGGCCAGCCCUGCCAGUUCCGCUGGGUCACCGUCGCCGGAUCUACGCGCAAAACACUACUCCCGGUUCAGUCCGUACCAAAUUCCCCAGGCUCACCAUCACCCCUCGCAAGGAUUAGCCCCAUCCGGUUCGGCACCCCACCAGUCACCGCUACCGAGAAGUCCGUCUAAUUAGAACCGGUCCCAUCCCAAUCUUCCAGAGGCUUUUUCAUCAUUCGAUCCGGCUCGUGUAAACAAUGAUUUCCGAAGCAAAAAUCGACGCAGUAUUAUAAACUCCUAGAAUCGAACCUAAUCUCGCAAGUGGACGAACUUUCACUCAUCAAUUUUUCAUCUUCACAUCUGUAAAUAACAUCCAAACCGAUCUAAAACACGAUCCCUUUCGGGGGCCGAUUAUUUAUUACUUUCCAUCAACACGACGAACCGUAGUUUGUAAUGUUAUACGCAAUAUCGAAUGUUUUGUUGGCAACAAUAAAGAAAAUCGUUUUCGUACACAUCUUGAACAAAAACAAUGCUAGGAUCUCUUUACUUUAGAAUAAAAAUUUUUUUCCGGAUGGAAGGCAACUGUCUGUACUAUCAUAGCUGUUACCUUUGUGUGUGUGUGAGAGAGAACGUGAAGCUAUUAUCUAUGUGUAUGUGUUUGUUUUGUAAAUAAAUGUGAUCAUCAAAUGAAAUCAAAGUAGUCAUAGAAAACACUGCACUAACUAGCACAGUAUUUAGCCGAUAAGUAAUAUAUUCGAUUUGUGCUCUUGGUAAGUGAAGAAGAACUUGUUUGCUUGAGACGGAUAAUAAUUUUAAACAACCGAAAGAAAAAUCGAUUCCUAGAACAAUGUUAUUGGUAUGUAAAUUAGAUGAAGGCUAAACAAUGUACACGUUUUGUAAUUUCUACUAAGUGAAGCGAGGAAACUACUUCAAAAGUAACUGCUAAAUGAAUAUGCAUAUAAAUUUACCUACGGACACAUAAUCACCCUUACGAAUGGGAAGUUUAUUGGAAAAAAACACUUAUUAAAUUAUAAAAAACAUAUAUGUACUUGGUGAACGAACUCGAUGUUGUAUAGACGAAUUCAUGCAAAUAAAUUCUAGUAAUAUUGAAAA